AUGUAUUUGUCCUCUGUGCUGGCGACUUCGCUCCUGGUAGCGCUGGCUCAUGGUUAUGGCGCUCCUGGUGCUUGUUCUGGUGCUUGCAACAUACACGAUCCGAGUCUGAUCCAACGCGAGUCAGAUGGCACCUACUUUCGCUUUUCGACUGGGAACAGGAUCUCGUAUGCAACCGCCUCGUCCAUUGAGGGCCCGUGGACGCCGGUCGGCUCCAUCUUACCUGACGGGUCUAGCAUCAAUCUGCCCGGGAAUGAUGAUCUCUGGCCCCGGGAACUCACUGUUAACUUCGAACCCCAGGCCCCAGACGCUCAAAUCGUAAGCGGAGUUUACCACGUCUACUACACCGUCUCAACCUUUGGCACCCAGAACUCUGCUAUCGGUCUCGCAACCUCCGACACCAUGAACGAAGGAACCUGGACCGAUCAUGGCUCCACUGGAAUCCGGUCCGACUCGUCCAAGCCAUACAAUGCCAUCGAUGCAAACCUCUUCAAUGAUAAUGGCAACUAUCUUAUGAGCUUUGGAUCCUUCUGGCAGAAUAUCUUCCAAGCUCCGAUGAACUCGGCCGCGACGUCAGUUGCCUCCGCGUCGUAUAACAUUGCGUUUGACCCGGCAGGAACCCAUGCCGUGGAGGGACCGUAUCUCUAUAGAUAUGGAGAUUACUAUUACUUGUUUUACUCUGUGGGCAUCUGCUGUGGGUAUGAUGGCUCCAUGCCGGCUCCGGGAGAGGAGUACAAGAUUAAGGUCUGCCGGUCGAGCUCGGCGACUGGUGACUUUGUUGACGCGAACGGUGUUGCCUGCACCAAUGGUGGUGGCACGGUGGUGCUGGAAAGCCACGAUAACGUCUACGGACCGGGUGGACAGGGUGUGUUCACUGAUCCUGACCUGGGUCCUGUACUUUACUACCACUACGUCGACACCAACGUGGGCUAUGCGGAUGGCCAGAAGCUGUUUGGGUGGAACGUGAUUGACUUCUCCAGCGGAUGGCCUGUUGUUUAG